AUGAAUAACACCACCGCAGAAAAAUGUCUCAACGCAUACAUCCUCACAUUCAACUGCGCGCGCAACUUGAUUCCUACAGACCGCUUCGCGGCACAUCUCUUCGAUGUCUUGCCUCCUGAUACCGCCACAGCUCCGGAGAUUCUGGUGCUGAGUCUACAGGAAGUUGCGCCUAUAUAUUAUGCUUUUCUGGGUGGUUCGUACCUCGUGCCGUAUUUGAGUGCUUUUCGGCAGGCUGUUGGUAUUGCUACAAGGAAUCGGUGGCCGAGGGACGGAGGAUGGGGAUAUGUGAAUGUCGUAACGCAUCAUUGCGGCCUUACAGCGCUUAUGGUGUUUGUGAGAGGAGAUGUUGUGGGUAAUGUUUCCUGGACGGAUACGGCAGAAGUCGGAGUCGGAUUGCAGGAUAUGGGUAAUAAGGGCGCAGUCGGGGUGCGAUUGGGGUAUGCACACGGUGAUAACGAGACGACAGAGUUGACUUUUGUGGCUGCUCAUAUUGCGCCUAUGGAGCAUGCGUAUGAACGCCGGAAUCAGGAUUGGAGGAGGAUUGUGGAGCGGCUGGUUUUUACCAAGUCUGGAGAUAACGGCGAUGCAGAAGGUGAGCAGGAAGAUACUGCUCACCUUCUGCAACCGAAUAGAAGGAGUGUCGAGUCGGGCAUUUUUAGUCCCCGUUCACAUCUAUUCUUUGCUGGAGACUUGAAUUAUCGUACCUCUGAUGUCCCGCCUACUCCUGAAGACCAUGCGCAGUACCCCCAACCACACGCGAGUCUCAGCGACGCAUCUCAUCAUUCCAAACUAUUCCAAAACGAUCAACUCACACGCGAACUACGCGCAAAACGGACCCUUCACGGCCUUUCAGAAGCACCAAUCACGUUCCCACCAACAUACAAAUACUCCGAAGAAGCUCAAAAAGCUGCUCUACUAGGAGAGCAAGCUCAGGAUGGGCCAGGCGAUACAUGGAAAUGGGCGACGAGACGCUGGCCGAGUUGGUGUGAUCGGAUCUUGUAUCUGGAAUAUCCGCCCUGGAUGACAGCAGCCACCAAAAACGGGGUAAAAUCGGCUAUUCAGGUUCAGGGGUAUGAUGCGCUUCCUCUAUUUCCGACCUCCGAUCAUCGUGCUGUCGCGCUUGCAGUGACUGUGCCGUUACGAGCGAUUGCUUCUCCUCCAUCUCAGAUAUCGGAUAUUGAUGACGCACGCUUACAUCCUCCGUUCCCUAUUGACCCUUCAUGGAGAGCAAGACGGGAAAGUGCCAGAGCCAAAGAGCUUGUUGUUGGCGGACUUGCGUAUUUGGCGCUGACGUGGGAGGGGAAUGGGAUUCUGUUGGCUACGGUGGCGGGGAUAUUUGGCGGGUGGAUUGUGCUUCGAUCUCUUUUGCAGGGUGAGGUGUCUGGGGGGUUGGAGAUUUAG